AUGGUUCUCGAGGCGGUUAUGGUUGUCGUUGACAACAGCGAGAGCAGUAGGAAUGGCGACUAUCAACCCACGAGAUUCGAUGCCCAAGUCGAUGCCGUAAACACUCUCUUCCAGACCAUUACGCAAGGAAACCCCGAGUCAUCAGUUGGCCUGAUGAACAUGGGCGGAAAAGGUCCCGAGGUCCUCGUCACCUUGACCACAGAGCAGGGCAAGAUCCUGGAUGGGCUGCACCGAACGAGGAAGAAGCUGAGUGGAACUGCCCAUCUCAAGACCAGCAUCAAAGUGGCACAGCUUGCCCUCAAGCACCGACAGAACCGAUCUCAACGUCAACGGAUAAUCGUGUUCAUCUGCUCGCCGAUUGCAGAGGAGCAAAAGGAACUCGUACAGCUUGCAAAGAAGAUGAAGAAGGAAAAUAUCACGGUUGACUUUGUGCUCUUUGGCGACCUUGAGGAUGACGGCACUCACCAGAAGCUCGAGGCCUUCAACGACGCUGUCAAGGGUAGCGAAGGCUCCCACUUGGUGGUUUUCCCACCGAGCAGCAAGCUCCUAGGCGACCAGCUCGUCUCAAGCCCCAUUCUGCUCGGAGACAGCGCCGGUGGGUCUGGAGACGCAGGGCAAUCUGGCAAUGAAGAGUUUGAGUUUGGAUUUGACCCAGCUCUGGAGCCCGAGCUUGCUCUGGCUCUGCGCAUGAGUAUGGAAGAGGAGAAGGCCAGACAGGAGAAAAAGGCAAAGGAGGAAGAAGAGGCUGCUAAGAAGGCUUCCCUGGAGGGAGUGAAGGAGGAGGAUGAGGCUGGCGGUAGCGGAGAUGCUGGCGCAAAGAAAGAUGGCGGGGAUAAAAUGGACACAUCCUAA